AAUUACUAUCAAUAUACGAGAAAAAAUUUCUUUGCUUAUUCCCUUCGCUCUUCAUCACACUUCAUUUACACGCCAACCCACCAACAUCCACCAUAGUACAGUGCAAACUCACAAUGCCACGCACUCUCUCAGUCAAAGCCCAGAUAGAGAUCAUGGCAUCACCAACCGUUGUCCGAUCAGUGUUCCUCGGAUUUGAUCGAUAUCAGCAAUGGCAGCAAGGAUGGGAUAUUCGGCCUGCCGACCCAACCAAGAAGCCACUUGAACUCAAGUCGGGAGACAAGAUCAGAGUAUCGAUGCACGAGAUGGUAUUUAACCCGGUCGUGAUUUCGAAUGAUCCCGAGUGCUUCACAUGGGAGGGCUCGAUACCAUGGAUUGUGAAGGGUAGACAUUACUUCUCCUUCUCUCCGAGUAAGGAAAAUCCAGGAGGCACUACUUUCGUCCAGUCAGAGGACUAUUCAGGGGGGUUUGUUACUCUGUUUGGGUCCUGGGUCAAGACGGAUCAACCGAACGAGAAUUGGAAUACCUUCAACGAGGCGUUGAAGAAGGAAGCCGAGAAAUGCACGACCCCGUCAUGAGUCAUCAAUAUUAUCGAGACGAGAGAAUAAAUAGAUAUAAUAAACUCG